CCAAGGACGAUCCCGAGACCGCGCCGAGCCGCGCACCUGAGGUCGCGCCAGCGAAGCGGACUCACAGCAGAACUCGCAGCGACGGCAGAGCUCCAGCGCUGCGGCCCGCGGCGCCGCGAGACCACAUAGAUUUCAAAUUCGGGAGCCACAGAGCCAGCGCAAAAAGAAGAUGGCCAACGUCUAUGCCGUCAUCGAGGACCUGGAAAAUAGCAAAGCGAACGCAAGAAAGAAGGCCGUCGACGCGCUCCCGACUUUGUUGGACGAGCCCGCGAAGCGCAAUCAACUCUCCGACGCGAGCUGGGUCGGGUUAGUGAAGAAGAGCAUCGAAAGCGCCAAGCUCGAUUUGCUCGCCGCGAAGAAGACGCGGCGCGCGCCGAGACGAGAAGUAGGCGAUCUGGUGGAGCGCAUCACGUCGUGGUGCGCGGACGGACCUUCCGGGCGAAGGUUGGCGGGCUGUGCAGAGGACCUGCUCAACUUUUCAUCAGCGGCUUAUGGCGAGGCCGGCGAGGUCUGGUGCAUCUCCUACGGCCGCGUCCUCGAAAGAUUAUUAGGAGAGCCGGAGGCCAUUGAAGCGGCGGCCGUGGCCUUGGCCGGGCGGAACCUCGAUGGGCGCCAGGCCGCGCGCCGGAUCUGCGCGCCGGCGGCGCGCAUCGCCCGAGGUAGAUUUCCGGACCCGGCGCCGCCGCCGCACGAGCGCGCGGGCGCGCGGAAGGCCGCCGCCGCGGCGUUACGUAGAUUAGCGGAGCGGGGCGCGGACUUGGCGGACGACCGCUACGCGCGCGAGGCGCUCGCGCGGGCCUGCGCUGGGUGUUUGCGGAACCUCUACGUCGAGGAGAAAUUAGAUGAUGAGGCGCCGGCCGUAGAGGUCUUCCAGGCGCUCGCCGCGCUCCAUUCGAGGGCCCCGGCGGACGCGGCGCGCCUCGCGGCGCGGGGCUGCCACGGUCUCGGCCACGUCGCCGCGGCCUGCGUCGCGCGCCUCACGGAUCCCAGUAGAGGCGAGGCGGGCAUUCGGUCCGUGCAGAGCGCGGUCUUCGACUACGUCGCCGCGGCCGCUUCAAGGGCCGGCCCCGAGCUCAAGAAGCUGCUGCCGCGCCUCGCUCGUUUAGCGGCGAGCAACGCCAAAGCUAGGGCCGCCGCGAACCUCGGCGCGGAGCCGCAGAUUGACCGGAGGUGGCCCGAGGCGCCCCCUCUCCGACCUGUGAUGAGGUCCCACGUCGCCCUCUUCGGGUCGUUGUGUGCAGCAAGGGCCCCGCCGGGCUGGCCCGUCGACGGCGCUGCUCUCACAUCGUUGGCGGCGGAGAUCACUUCGGCCGCCAGAAGGGACGACGCCUCACAAAAGCCGGGCCCCGAACGCGCCCUGAAGGCGUCGCUGACGUCGACGGCGCCGCCCCUGCAACUGUUAGCUGCGGCUCUGGAGGCGUCGGCCGCCACGAAUGAUGAUGAACGUGUGCCGUGGGAUUGUGAUGUAGCCGUCGUGUCCGCAUCACAAAACGUAUCGACGGACGACGUGCUGCAAGCGCGUGUGGAGUGGUGCCGCGUUUUAGCUGAUUGUGUCCAAGCGGCGUCAUCGGCUCUGGACGCGUCGUCGGCCGGCACGCAGCGGUCCGACGAACGGGCCUGGUCUUUAGUUGCUUUACGACGACUCGCAGAAGCGUCGCGGCAAGCGUUAGAUGUGGCCGAGUCGUCUCCACUGAUAGAAGCGUGGCGGUCGGCCUGGAAAAGCGUCGCGCGAGCGUUAGGUGAAAAACGGCGGUCGCGCUUUUCUCAAAGGGAUUUAGCGGCGGCGACGUCGGCCGCGGCGGGCUGCCUGGGCCUGGGUUUAGUGGAUGCCCAGGGUCUAAGUGAUCAGCAAGCGGCAUCAUCGCUGUGGAGCUCUCCACUUUUUACUGAGACGGGCGACGCUCGUACAACAGCGUGUGCGUGUUCCAUUGUGAACGGCUUCGCGGCGAAGACGCGCUUAGAUGUGUCGUUAGUUGGUGGGAGUGAUGAUGUGGAGGAGGAGGACGACGAUGCGAUGGAGGACGACGAGGAGCGCGAGGCGCCGCCGCGGAACCGGCGCCAGCGCCUAGUCCGGUUCCUAUGUCGGGUCAUCGAGCGGUGCUACGGCGACGACGCGUUAUCGUCUGUAGCAUUAUCCCGGGCCGUCGACACCGUCGCGUCGCUGAUUGCACCGAGACAACCUCUGACAAAGCCGCCGCGGGCGCCCGAGCUCUUGAGAGGGUCUGACGAGCAUGAAGAAGACGCCUGGGCCCUGCCUACCAUUGAAGAAGUCACUCCGGGCCAAGGCGAGCCGCCGCACGCCCCCGGCGCGCGCGAGGCCGGCCUGUUGGUCGACGAGGUCCUGACCAAGCUCAAAUCUGCAAAAGCGGCGCAUUCCAUGCGGGGCGCGCAGGUGCCCCGCGAUAGAGGGAAGCGUCGAGCCAUGGCCGCGGCCAAGGCUUCUAGUAGGCACCGGAACGCGUUCGCGCUGGCUCGGUUGCGAAAACUAAGAGUGUGUGGCGGCGACGCUCAGAGGGCGCGGAAUCUGGAUCUGGACGUCGGACGAGCGUUACAGGAUCUAGAAAAGGCCUGGGAUUAUGGUGAUGAAGAUUCACUGCUAGAAUUGGACACGUACGCUGAUUCAGCGAGAGUAUUAGCGAGCGUCGCGUCUACAAUAAGAGAGACGGCCCCUUCCCAAUUAUUGAAGACGAACCUGAGCAACUUAGGAGACAAGGUCACAGACCAGGUCGACAACUACGGGGCAGCUAGGGCGUCGCGGGAUGCUCCGGUGCAACAAACGAGAGAGAAGGACGAUUUGAUGGAUUCCGACAGCGACGACGGCUUCCUCCCGCAGCCCGUGAAGACGGUCGAGCGCGACUCCGAGGCGCGGAUUCCGUCGCGUUCUCGAGCUUGUGCCGUGUGGCUUAGUAGGGCGGCGUUGGACCUGGCGUCCGAUUCGGAAGUCGGUUCGACGGCCGAAGCGCUGGCCCAGGCCUAUCGACGAGUGAGAACGAGAAGAGGUGCUAGAGCGUGCAUGCGGGAUAGAAGAGAUGCGGGCCGCGUGGCGAGGGCUAUCCUAGAAAGGUGCGGCCAGGCCAAGGCGCCGCGCGCGCGCGCGUGUGCUUUAGGUCUCUUGUCCAAGGGCUGGCUCGCGCCGAACCAAGCGUUAGUCGUGGAGUCCGUUGAUGACGAUGACGUUAAAAGUUCGAACGCCGCGGCCCCGGAGGCCUUUGAGGCACUGGGGGUUUUGUUGGGGCAGCUCGCGACGUCGAGGUGCGCGCAAGACGAGGUCGACGAGGUCGUCGCGCCCUGUACCGAUCUCUUAUUAGUCGCCAAGGACCCUAAUAGUACAUCCCCAUUGGCCGUGGCCCUAUCAAGAAAAGGUACAGCAAGGGCGGCGCAGGUCCGGGCCGCCGCGACCGCAUUUAGUACAUGGGGCGACAAGUCCGGAGACGCUGCGAAAAGACUCAAGCAGUCGUGUGUUCGCACCGUGGUCGACGCUCUUGUCGAUGACGCGCAAGUUUGCCGGCAGGCGGCGGCGGACGGCGUCGCGGCGCUCUUCGAAGCCUACCCCGCGAAGAACCACGCCAAGGUCUGGCAGACGCUCUGUUCUCAUUUACCGUCCUUAGAUCAAGAUCGGGAGCACGACGCCGCCGUCUGUGCCAAGAAAUCAUUACUAGUGAUGGGUCCCAACAACGAAGUCAACCUGCCAUCUGAUGAGAAUAACGAUCCUGAUCGAGGCAUCGGCGUGGAUUCGGACGACGACGACGAUCAAUCGAUCUCGGCGAACGCUGCUCAUUGGAGGGCAUUAGAAGCGACGUGCGCGAGGUGCGUCGGUGUCGUCGCCGGGGUCGUGAAUGGUGGGGCUACUGACAGAGCUUUGGGAGCGUUAGUGCGUGCGGCGACGCGCGACACCAUGGUGAGCGUCGCCGGCGCGGCCUGCGCGAGAGCUGCGAAAGCGCAAGGCCUCGCGAGUGCGGCUGAGUUACUACAUAGAAGAUUGGGCGCUGUCGUCGCCGAGUGGUGCGGCAUCGACGCGACGACGGGUGCUUCUACGGGUAAACAAGCCCACACGUUGGCCGAAUUUCCCUAUGCAUUCUGUGGACUCGCCCCCACAAAGCGAGCCUUCGCGGUGAUGGCGUCGCGGCAAGCCGCGGCACCGCUCGCGGCCGCGCAGGACGCGUCCUUGCGAUUUGCCGCGUUCAGCACCCUGGCCGAUCUGAGUGGGUUAGGUGGAGACGACGCCGGGCGCCGACACUUAGUGGGCAACGUGGCGCCCCAAGUUGUCGCCGGCGUUUUAUUACGUAGAGCGGCAUCGAGGGAAGACGAGAAGGAGUCCAUAAAAUUGGCGAGGAAGAACGCCUCCCAACGCAUGCGCGAAUUUUUGGAUAGAGAGUUAGGUGGUUCGGAGCGGUGCAACCAGUUCAUCGGGUCACGAGUUCACUUCGUCGCUUCAGCUAUACUGGAAGAUACUCAUAGUGAGCGGGUGUCCGAAGCUCUGGCGGAGUUAGCUUCAUCAGACCACAGCACUACAGUCAAGAUGCUUUUACAGAGGUGCAACGCGACCGAAUUGGUGCUGAGGAGCACUUCGCUCCAAUCCGUGGGAGCGAUCCUCCGCGGCGCGUGUUUGUUAGAAGGUACUAAUGAUGAUACUGAAGAUACGGUAGCGAUCGCGGGCGUCGUCACGGCGGCUUUGAGUCAUUUCGUGAGAAGUGUCGCGACGGAACCUGAAGAAGUGAGUGAUUUACUAAAUAAGGUCGUCCUGCGGUGCCUAAGUACGGACGCGGGCCGUCGAGCGCUCCAACCAUUAGUAGCUACCAUUGCGGUUCUAGCCGGGUCGAUAGCGCGCUCUGACAAUGAAGAGGACGGCGGCUGGAUGUCCAUCAAAAGGUGCAGUGUAUCUGGAAGGGACAAGGCCCGGAAGGUUGUGGAAGCAUUAGUAAUGAGGCCGCACCCCGACCUCGCGCGAGCAUCAGCGUUAUUACCGUCCCAGCGCUUCGCGAGCGCGGGCCAUCACAACGACUGGGACUGGCUCGCUUUAUUUGGGGACAUACACCGGACAGACCCCGGACCGUUAGAGAGACCUAGAAGAGCCUUCGCGUUGGCAUCGCUACUUAAACAACUAAGACUGGAAGGAGGACAUGUCUCGACGGCAUCCCUAGCGACGAUCUGCGCCUCUACUACAAACGAGCGGGAACGAUCAUUAGCAGCGGACUGUUUAGGAGAAUUGGGCGGUGCGCAGAGUACUAUGAAUGACGAGCCCCCGCUGCAAGAAGAAGAUUCAAGAUUCCCUCAGUCACUAGCGACGCUAAGAUUGAGGAGCUGCCGCGCCGUCGCGCGCGCGCUGGUGGAUGACGACCCAACGAUCGCGAAGGCCGCCUUAGAAACGAUGCGCCAUCUAUCGGCGGCGAGCGACGAAGACGUGAGAAGGAGCUGCGGCGACGACGCCCACUCCGCACUAGUAUUGCCCUUCCUCAGCGACGCAUCUAUUAGAGCAGCAGCUUUGAUGGACGAAGACCGACAUCAGGACCGCCAGAGACGUCAGGACGAUAUGGACAUGGACGCGGGGCCCUUCGAUGGAGAGAUUUGGAAUCAAAAAGAUGAAAAGUGGAGUUGUCGAGUGGCCGGUGCGUUACUGAGGGGAUGCUACCCGUCUACCGGUAAUGACGCGCUGUGGGGGGCCUGUGCUUCACUCGCUUCAGAAUCGGUACCGUUCGCCGCGCUCAUAUUGCCUGGUGUGGUGUACGAUGUCGUGUGCGCAAGGGCGGGCGACUCGGCGAAAGGCAGGAAAGCCGCGAGGGAUCUAGCUCGAGACGCUCUUAGUGAUCACCUGUCGGACGCGCUCGAGAGCGGUUGUCAGAGGAAGCUCGCCUGUGAUAUUGCGUCGUUUACACGAAGAUGCGAAUUAGAAUUGUUUGUCAGAAGCACUUCUGAAGAGAGACCUAGAAAAAAAGCCAAGCUCGACCCUCUAACUAUUGUACAAUCCUCGAAUGGUCGUGGAAAUCUACCCUACGGUGCCCCUCUCAAUAUUGCGGCGUCAUUGAUAGCGCAGGCGGCGUCGCAAACGGACGCGCCCUGGACAGCUGUGUUACAUGGAGAACUGGCGAUCGAUGAAAAUACUAGGUGCGACCAAGCGCUGGUCAAGGCCCACGCGUUGUUAGGCGACGCCGACGCGUUGGAUGCGGCGCAAGAAAAUGUCGAGGAUGAUGACGAUGAGGACGCCACGCUAGCGAGAGGUCGAGCGCGAGGCACGUGGCGCGACGUCCUCACAGACUUAGAUGCGUCCCUCGGCAGUCAACACAAGCCCGCAGUCGCUUCAGCCCUGAGAAGACUGGGCCUGCACCACGUCGCCGACGGCUACAUCGACGCCACGACGACGUUAGGAGCGGAAGCCGCCUGGCGCAGUGCGGACUGGGCGUGGGCGCCCGCCGAUGGGGCGACUGACGUCGAUUACGAUGGCGCUUUACAUGGGGCGCUCGCUGCGGUAGCUUCGAGGGACCAGGCUGCGGCUCUUAAGCGGCUGGAGAACGCCCGUCGCUUGGCGUUGGCGCCUCUGCAUAGAGUCGCGGUGCAACCAAUCAUAGACGACGCGCGUUCGAAGUUGGUCAGUAUUUGUGAAGUUCGAGAAGCGGCCCAGGUGUCUCACGAUGGCGGUGGUCUGGACGACAUGCUCCAGAGGUGGUCCCAACGGGACGCGUCGGCGCUGGGGUGCUCUCAAGGUGCCUUUUCGUCGAACGCGGAACCUGCUUUAGCCGCGCGCGAGGCUUCUUUGAGGGCUCUCUCGGUAGCUUUGGGCGAUGAUGAGCGGACGUCAUGCGAUCUAGAUGCGGCUUUAUUGGACCACUUGGCGUCGGUCGUGUCGCUCGCUUCAUCUAGAAACAGCGUCGGCACGGCCGUCGCCGCGACAGCUAGAGCAAAAGUCGUCUGCAAGAGCCUCCAACGCAUUGGAAAGGCACAACAUGCGAGCGCGCCGGGCCGCAUCAAGCUACUGAAAGCUAGGGUCGCCUGGAGUAGAGGGGAGUCUCAUGCGGCUCUCGCCGUCGCGCGUCGGGCCGUCGAGACCAUACCACCCUCAGACAAGCGCAUGGCUUCUGUUAGAAAGGACGCUUUGUCAUUAUGUUCUGAUUGGGCGACGCAGAACGCGUCCGAAUCUUCAUCACGAGUCCUAGAAGCCUACCUGAGACCGGCCGUCAAGGAAGCAUCUGAGAGGAGGAAAGCACUCCUAGCGUUAGGCGAGUACGUCGCGGACAUGCAUGCGUCGCUAGUGACUCGAAGUAAAACGCCGGAGUGGCGCCAGGCUCGCAAAGUCGCCUCGGAGCGGAAAAGAGAACUCGAAAGACUAGAGCGUUUGUAUGCUGCUGUUGAUUCUGUUGGUAGAAAAACACCUAGAGGUAGUGGUCAUUUGUCAUUGGCGGACACGGCGGAAGCGAAAAAGAUCGCGUCGGAGGCGGGCGGGCGCGACCAUUUGUGGCGGCAAGUCACAAUACUGAAGAGGGAGUGCAAGAUGGACUCGGAUCAACUAGAUGCGUUGACGGGCCGGACGGAAGCGGCCCUCGUCGAAAGUAUCGAGGCUCUUUGUGGCGUUUUGAUGGGCGAGGGCGCCUGCGACGAUUUAGCUAGACGAGCGGCGUCCACGUUAGUGAGUUUGUGGCUCGGCAACCCUGAUGUGGACGCUUCGAAUGAACAACUCAUGAAAGUGGUGAGAAAAGCACCGUUGUCGAGGUUAUUAGCUUUUGCGCCGCUACUCUACCAGCUGUCUUCUAGACUAGCCUCACACGGCAACAAUUUCCAGAAAACGCUGGAAGCCUUACUCCUACAACUCGCAAAAGCCGCACCGGCCAAGACCAUCUUACAGUUGAUAGCUCUUGCGAACGGUUCGCGAGUCGACGCCGGCAAGGGCUCGACAGCUUUCGCUAAAAAUGUUGAGGGUAGCGAGAGGGUUCGAGUCGCAAGGAAACUAUUGGAUGGAUUACUACGAAGCGAACAGGGCGCCGUUGCGAACUCCCUAGACUUGUUAGCGCAGUGCUACGUGGACCUCGCCAUGGCCGACACCAAGAAGAUCCAGCAGACGUAUCAGACAAAUCCUAUACCCUUCAGUGUUUUUAAGGCGAAUUGUGCUCUCGACACCGUAGCUAAGAAAUUACAAAGAUCUGAACCUCCUCCAGUAAUUACGGCAUUAGGGUCGUCUACGUCUUCCGGUAGUGAUGCUCCCUCUCUCUCGAGUGUCGUGCAGACCUUCAAGCUGACCGAUUCGGGUAUUCAUCGACCGAAGAUCGUGUCCUGUGUUGGGAGUGACGGUCUGAAGAGAAGGCAGUUAGUCAAGGGCAACGAUGACGUGCGGCAGGAUGCCGUGAUGCAGCAGGUCUUCGACGCCGUGAAUAACCUACUAGAGAGGAAACGGAGACCGCACGGUCUGCGAGUGAGGACCUACGCCAUCGUACCGUUAGCUCCUCAAGCGGGUGUGAUAGAAUGGGUCGAGCACACCUUGCCCUUUGGCAUGUACCUCGUACCUCGCAACGAGCCGAAAGGCGCGCACGAGAGGUACUUUCCCGAGGAUUUAAAACACACGCAGUGUCGACAACGGUUAGAUGCCAUCAAGCACACGUCGCAAUCUGCGUCUUCUACCCAACGGAAACCUGUGAAUACCACCCAAGCUAGAAAACGAAAAGCGUUUGACGAAGUUUGUAGUAGAUUCCGGCCGGCCUUUAGAUUUUUCUUUUUAGAAACGUGUGCGGACGCCAAAACAUGGUUAAGGCAUAGAGAUGCGUAUACGCGAUCCGUGGCAGCCAAUGCGAUGGUGGGACAUGUCCUCGGGAUCGGCGACCGACACGUCCAGAAUAUACUUAUUGAUAGUAAAACGGGAGAACAGGUCCACAUUGAUUUCGGCAUCGCCUUCGACCAGGGCAAGACAUUGACGAUGCCCGAGGUCAUUCCCUUUCGGCUGUCGCGGGAUGUCAUCGACGGGAUGGGCUGUGCUGGUACGCGCGGCGCGUUCUUUUCUUCAUCUGUCGACUGCAUGAGCGAGUUGCGGCAGAACUACCAGGCCCUCACGACUAUUUUGGAUGUGUUAAUACAUGAUCCUCUCUACCGGUGGAUGUUGACCCCAGGCGACGCGUCUCGGUUCCAACGCGAGGGCGACUCGCAGGCGGACCGGGAGUCCGCGGCGCCGCCGGACAACCAGGCGGCCGAACGAGCAUUAUUUAGAGUGAAGCAGAAGCUCCAGGGGUAUUCCGAUACGACUCAUGAUGCAUUGAGCGUCGAGGGCCAAGUGACGCAUUUGAUAGCGGAGGCGACGGACCGGGACAACCUGUGCGUGCUGUUCCCGGGGUGGUCGCCGUGGUGCUAGUUCCUGAUAUUUGUGCGUAAGAAAGAAGAUUGUG